AACAUCGGAUCGGCAACCUGUUUACCGCCGCCGGUGAAAUAAAAGUUGUCUACAGCUGAUCCACCGAAAAUAGUGACAAGCCGUGCCGCAUGUUGCAUUCUCCUCCGUGUUUGCUGCGAUAGCAUAGGCUACAAUUUGCACAGCAACGCCCCGUGCCUUUCACCGACGUCAAAAACACGUCACCGAAAGGAAUCUCGGAUCCAUUCACCGAAAUCGCAGUUUCCGGCACCGGCACGGCUUAUUGAAGAUCGCCUGAGACCACACAACGACCUUCGGCAACUUUCGCAGGCAAAAUGUCCGACAAGAAACGGCCCGUUUAUGUGCAAUACGUGCUCGGAGGACUCUCUGGCAUCGGAGCAACAUGCGUUGUCCAACCGUUGGAUUUGGUGAAAACCCGUAUGCAGAUCUCCGGCAUGGGCGGAGCGGCCAAGGAGUACAACAACACGUUCGAUGCGAUCGGCAAAAUUAUCCGCCGCGAAGGUCUGCUGGCAAUGUACAAAGGGCUGAGCGCGGCAAUUAUGCGACAAGCCACUUACACAACGACCCGGCUCGGUGUGUACACGUCACUGAACGAUACCUACAAACAAAAAAUGAACCGCACCCCCAACCUGCUGGCCUCGAUGGGCAUGGGAAUGAUGGCGGGGGCCGUUGGAUCGUUUGUCGGCAAUCCCAGCGAACUGAUCCUGAUUCGAAUGACCGCCGAUGGCCGGCUACCGGUAGCGGAACGGCGCAAUUAUAAAGGCUUUUUUAACGCCCUGUUCCGAAUCGCGAAGGAAGAAAGUGUUGUGUCGCUGUGGCGCGGUUGCGUACCGACCAUGGGCCGUGCCAUGGUGGUAAACGCCGCCCAGCUGGCAUCGUACUCUCAGGCGAAGGCGUACCUGCUGAGUGCGGAGAUUCUGCAAGAGGGUAUCGGGCUACACUUCACAGCCAGCAUGUUUUCGGGGUUGAUUACCACGGCCGCUUCGCUGCCGGUUGACAUUGCCAAGACUAGAAUUCAAAACAUGAAGGUAGCGCCCGGUGAACUACCGCCGUACAAGAGCACAAUCGACGUCAUCGUCAAGGUAACGCGGCACGAAGGUUUGUUCGCGCUGUGGAAGGGUUUCACUGCCUACUACGGGCGUCUCGGACCGCACACGGUGCUCACGUUCAUCAUUCUGGAGCAGUUGAACGGGCUGUACAACAAGCACGUGAUGGGCGUCGAGGGUUCCAAGUCUGGACUGUAAUCAGCCAACACCCCGCCGGGGUCAGGUCAGCUAUGUCCCGGUCAGAACAGUCCGUCCGGAUUCGGAUCCGUUCCGGUCGCGCGGAUCGCACAGCAAGCUGUGCAGCAUUUGUUUCGAUGGCAAUUGUAAUUGUAUCAUUUUGGUUGCUCGCGCUUUUGAAUAGUUUUUGUUUUUCGUUUUGCAAUGUUCCGUCGCCAAGGCCACACGGUGGCACCUGUUGGCCAACACGCAUACGGUUGGUAAGCACAAUCACACUCUACAUUCAUUUUCGUUUGCUUUUUUCUGUUGCUUCCGUGGCCGGUUCAUGGUUCGAGUGUCCCUGGCCACCAGCCAAGAGAGCCGACGCUGGCGCCAUACCAAUCUCGAGCAAAGUGACGCGCAAAAUGGUUGGAAUGUUCUAUCGCCGUGUAUCGCCUGCCGUGCAUCGGAGAAUGGAGAGCUUGUAAGGAUUGUGACAAUAUGUACGGGAUAGUUUUAGAAACGUGCUAACGCGCACACAAGUGCAGGGGUUGCCUGUUUUCAGGGAACAACAAACCAUUAGCUUUUAGAACAAACUCGUACACAAAUAUAUAUAUUUUUUCCCCGUCGGCCGGGUAGAGUAUAAUAGGCAACAACGAA